CGCGGGCCUCUCCAGAGGGACGCAGGAGGCAGAAUGGAUGAACAGAAACCGCGCAGCGAGGACAAGGACGCGGACGCGCCAGCCGAUGCGGCCGCAUCCUCGGAGGAGAUGGGGAGCUCUGAGGGGGACCCCCUGAAACCUCCAGAAGGAGCGACUGCGGGGCCGGAGCCGGAGAGCACAGAAACGAAGGGACCCGGCGGGGCCAGCAGCACGCCGACCCGCCGCUGCGCCCUCUGCAACUGUGGGGACUGGAGCCUGCACGGGCAGCGGGAGCUGCAGCGCUUCGAGCCGGCGCCCGACUGGUUGGAAGGGCUGGGGGGGCAGCAGCCCCCCGAGGGUCCCGGCGAGGCCCCCCCGGAGCUGGGGCCGGUGGGCGAUGAGCUGGCGCAGAUCGGCUUCUCGGAGCGGGUGACAGCGGUGCAGCUCUUUGAGCCGACCGGGCACUGCUGGGUUCACCGCUGCUGUGCAGCCUGGUCUGCUGGUGUGGAGCAGGACGCAGCGGGGCUGAGCGGCGUGGGCAGAGCUGUUUUCUCAGGGAUCUCACAGAAAUGUGAACACUGUCAGCGGAUGGGGGCCACCAUCCCGUGCCGGGCGGCCGCCUGCCCCCAUUUCUACCACUUCCCCUGUGCUGCUGCCAGCGGCUCCUUCCAGUCUAUGAAGACGCUGCGGCUGCUGUGUCCGGAGCACCUGGGCGAUGCGGUGCAGAUGGAGGACGCACGCUGCGUGGUUUGCGACGGGCCGGGCGACCUGCGGGACCUGCUCUUCUGCACCAGCUGCGGGCAGCACUACCACGGCUCCUGCCUGGACGUCGCCCUGACGCCCCGCAAGCGCGCGGGCUGGCAAUGCCCGGAGUGCAAAGUGUGCCAGACCUGCAGGCAGCCGGGCGAGGACUCCAUGAUGCUGGUGUGCGAGGCGUGCGAUAAGGGCUACCACACCUUCUGCAUGGAGCCGGCCAUCGAGGGCGUCCCUGCCGACUCCUGGAAGUGCAAGAACUGCCGGCUCUGCUCGGAUUGCGGCCGGCGGCCGGCGGAGCUCGACCCGGGCUGCCAGUGGCACCAGAGCUUCUCGGUGUGUGAGGGCUGCCAGCAGCGGCGUGCGGCCAAGGAAGCCGAGGGGGCGCAGGAUGGAGCCCCACAGCUGGAGCCCCCGGCCCAGGCGUUGACGUCCCCUGAGCGCGGCGAACCGGCCGAGAUGCCUGUCCCUGCCCUGGAGCCCGAGGGGCACAGCGAGGAGCUGCAGCGUGGCGGGGACCCCAAGGAGACGCCCCCGGGCCGUGAGGAAUCUCCCCGCAGCGAGGCGCCCCUUGACAAGUUGCUCCCCGACGAGCUGCCCACCAACGCGCAGCCCCCCGAUGAGCCGCCGCCCCACGUGCUGCACCGCGGCGACCCCCCUCCUGAUGAACUGCUGCCCCAGGGCGCUGCCCUGGACGAGCUGCCCCCCAGCGAGGCGCCCUUUGACGGAGCGUCUCUGGAUGAGCUGCCCCCUGAUCCGCCUCCCCUCGGCAAAUCCCCCCUGGGCGAGGUGCCCCUGCAGGAAUUGCCCCCUGACGAGCCGCACCUCGACGAGCUGCCCCUCGAGAAGCCUCCCCCCAGCCAGCCCCCCAUCGCUGAGCUUACUCUUGACGAGCUGCCCCUGGACGAGCGGCCCCCCGACGAGCCCCCCGUUGAUGAGAUGCCCCCUGAAAAACCACCGCUGGACGAGAAGCCCCUCGAAGAGCAGCCCCCUGGAAAGCCCCCUCUGGAUGAGCAGCCCCCCGUUGAGCUGCCGUCUGAAAAGGAGUUACUUGAUGAGCGGCCCCCCGAGGAGCUGCCCUCCGAAAAGCCACUGCUGGAUGAGUUGCCCCUCGCUGAGCAGCCCCCUGAUGAGCCACCCCCCAGCGAGCAGCACCUUGAUGAACUGCCUGCUAAUGAAGCACCCCUUGAUGAGCUGCUGCUCAAGGAGCCGCCCGGCAGCGAGCUGCCACCCCCUGAAGAGCUGCACCCUGAAGAUCUGCUCCCCUGCAAGCAGCCUGCUGAGGAGGACCCCAAACCGCCAGGUCUCCUCCCUGAGGUGGCUGCGGCAGAGGAAGCCCCUGAGCUGGCCCCAGAGGUGCCCCCCGAAGAGGAGAUGGAGCUGGAGCCAGAGCCAUUGCUGCCCCCCGAGAUGGCGCUGCCGCCCCCCGCUCCUCCAGAUCUCUGCGCCGUCUCGCCCGCCCGCCCUCCAGACCCCUCGCCUCACGCCACAGAGGAUGAUGUGUCUGAGCCCCCCGCCCUGCCUGAGCCCCCCAGGAGCCCCGGCACCACCAUGGACACGGAGCCCCCCGGCUCCCCGCCGCCCCCUCUGGGCUCCCCUGCCUGCACCCCGGCCCCUGCCGAGCCCCCCGAGGAUGAGGAGAUGGAGACGGGCGGCGGAGAGGGCGACUCGGCGAGAAGCCCCCCUGGAGAUGGCCGCCGUGCCAGCCCACCCCCAGAGCUGGGGCCCUUCCAGGGCCUGCCUGAGGAAGAAGAGGAGGAGGAAGAAGAAGCACCGAGGCUGGAGCGGGAGGGCACCAGCGGGAGCUCCCCACCGCUGAGUGAGGAGGACGGGCUGGAGGAGGGGCGGGCGGGGGGGAACCCUGAAUCCAAGGGAUCCCCUCUGCUCCUGGAGCCGGAGGAGCUGGGCCUCGAGACUCCCAUGGAAGUGUGCACGGCUGGGGAGAAGCUGCUGGAACGUGGGGACGAGGGGGGUCCUGAGCCCCCUACCCUGCGCCCUCGGCCCGAUAUCCUCAACGAGAUCUCCAACCUGAGCCAGGGGGACACGAGCAGCAGCUUCCCUGGCUCAGAGCCUCUGCUGGGCUCGCCAGACCCCGAAGGUGGGGGCUCGCUGUCCCUGGAGCUGGGGCCGGCCUCGGGCGAUGCCAGCCUGCAGAAGGAGGACGCCGGGUCGCUGCCCAUGGGCGCUGAGACCGACGACUCGCUGCUCUUCGAGCCAGCAGCCAAAGGGGAUGCAGACAAGGGCCGGCGGCGCAGCUCCCCGGGGCGCUCCCGUGUCAAGCAGGGUCGCAGCAGCAGCUUCCCUGGGCGGAGACGCCCCCGAGGAGGGUCCCAUGGCACCCGGGGCCGGGGCCGUGCGCGCCUGAAGUCGACCACCUCAUCUGUUGACACUUUAGCACUCGCUGACGUGGAGAGCUCGCCCAGCAAGGAGGAGGAUGAAGAUGACGACGACACGAUGCAGAACACGGUCGUCCUCUUCUCCAACACCGACAAGUUUGUGCUCAUGCAGGACAUGUGCGUGGUGUGCGGCAGCUUCGGGCGCGGCGCCGAGGGUCACCUGCUGGCGUGUUCGCAGUGCUCCCAGUGCUACCACCCCUACUGCGUCAACAGCAAGAUCACCAAGGUGAUGCUGCUGAAGGGUUGGCGCUGCGUGGAGUGCAUCGUCUGCGAGGUGUGCGGCAAAGCCUCCGACCCGUCCCGGCUGCUGCUCUGCGACGACUGCGACAUCAGCUACCACACCUACUGCCUGGACCCGCCGCUGCAGACCGUGCCCAAAGGAGGAUGGAAGUGCAAAUGGUGCGUGUGCUGCGUGCAGUGCGGGGCAGCUUCCCCUGGCUUCCACUGCGAGUGGCAGAACAACUACACGCACUGCGCGCCCUGCGCCAGCCUGGUCGUCUGCCCCUUCUGCCGCGAGAAGUACGUGGAGGACGACCUGCUCAUCCAGUGCCGCCACUGCGAUCGGUGGCUGCACGCGGCGUGCGACAGCCUCUUCACCGAGGAGGAGGUGGAGCAGGCAGCGGAUGAAGGCUUUGACUGCAGCGCCUGCCAGCCCUACGUCAUCAAACCGGCAGCGCCUGUGCCCACGCCGGACAUGUUGGCCAAGGCCAAGGAGCCGGAGCCCCAGUAUUUCCGUUUCGAGGGCGUCUGGCUGACGGAGACGGGCAUGGCGGUGCUGCGCAACCUCACCAUGUCCCCCCUGCACAAGCGGCGGCAGCGCAAAGCCCCUCGUCUGGGUGCCCUGAAUGGGGAUGGGGGGCUGGAGGGGGGAGACCCCCUGGGUCCCGAUGAGAAGAAGGACGGCGACCUGGAUGCCGACGAGCUGCUCAAGGCUGAAGUGGGAGUGGAGCACAUGGAGUGUGAGAUCAAGCUGGAGGCUCCAGCCAGCCCCGACCGCGACGUGGGGGCUGACGUGGACUCGGGGAAGGGGCUGGAGGACCCGGAUGAGUGCAAGAAGAGGAAGCGCAAACCUUACCGACCUGGCAUCGGUGGCUUCAUGGUGCGGCAGCGCAAGUCCCACACCCGCCUGAAGAAGGUCCCAGCGGUGCUGACUGAAGUGGGACGUGAGGGGCUGAGCGCAGAGGGGCACCCAGAGGAUGGAGCUCCGGGGGAUCUCCCUGCAGAGGGUGGCCUGGAUCCAGGCUCGGCUGAGGGGGACGAGAAGAAGAAACGCCGUGCGCGGAAAAAGAGCAAACUGGAAGACAUGUUCCCUCCGUACCUGCAGGAGGCUUUUUUUGGGAAGGCACUGAUGGACCUGAGCCGGAAGGCGCUGCUGGCAGCGGGCGGUGUUGGGGACGGAGCUGCCCGCCCCUCCCUGGCUCAGGGUGCCCCACGGCACAAAGGGGACCCCAGCGUGGCAGGGGCUCUGCAGGGGACCCCUCUGGAAAGGAGGGAGACCCCCACUCAUCCCCGAGGGGAUGACAGCACAGACGGCAGUGCCACGGCUCUGGACGAUGACGGCAAGGAUGUCACGAAGGGCGAAGACCUGGGGACCGAUGACCCCAAGGACUCCCCAAACCGUGGGGACGCUGAGAAGCCGGCCACCCCCGGGGAGGGCGCGCUGAGCUCCGACCUUGACAAGAUCCCCACGGAGGAGCUGCCCAAGAUGGAGAGCAAAGACGUGCAGCAGCUCUUCAAGGACGUGCUGGGCUCUGCUGAGCGUGGGGAGCAGCCCCUCAACUGCGUGGAGGGCAGCGGUGCAGGGCAGGACCCCGGCCGGGCCCAGCGCCCCUUCCUGCAGGGAGAGCUCCAGCUGCCAGGGCAGGGGAGCGUUUCUCUGGGCUCGCUCUCUGGCUCCGUCUCCUUGGAUUCCUAUUCGGGAGUCUGCCAGUCCCCGUUCCUCGAUAACCGGGAGCGGAGCGGCUUCUUCAGCCCCGACCACUGUGAGCCCGAGAGCCCCUGGGCCAGCAGCUCUGCUGCCACCACCCCCUCGACCCCCACGACCCCCACAACAGAGGGAGAGGGCGAUGGGCUGUCGUACAACCAGCGCAGCCUGCAGCGCUGGGAGAAGGACGAGGAACUGGGUGAGCUCUCCACCAUCUCGCCAGUGCUCUACGCCAACAUGAACUUCCCCAACCUGAAGCAGGAUUAUCCAGACUGGUCGAGCCGCUGCAAGCAGAUCAUGAAGCUCUGGAGGAAAGUCCCCGCUGCAGACAAAGCUCCCUAUUUGCAAAAGGCCAAAGAUAACCGGGCGGCUCAUCGCAUCAACAAGGUGCAGAAGCAGGCCGAGAGCCAGAUAAACAAGCAGACCAAAGGGGAGGGACUGCGCAAACCGGAGCGACCCUCGCUGCAUCUGCGGAUCCCGGUGCCUCCAGGGACGCAGCCCGUCUACAUCAGCAGCCCCCCUGCUGCGGGCGAGGGCUUCCUGAAGCCGGGUGCUGGAGGAGGGGGGCCGGAGUCUCCCAGCGAGCUCUUCCUCAAGCUCCCGCCCCAGUCCCCUGCCCAAGUGCCUUCGCACGACCCCUACGGUGCUGCGCCCUCCUACGCGCUGGAAGCCCGCUUUUCCUCCCCCUUGGGACAGAGCCCCACUUCAGGCGCCGCCUUCCAGCCCUUCCCCAGCCAACCCCUGGCCGCUCCCCGCUCCGUCCCUGGCUCCCAGUCCUCUGAUUUCCACCCCACUCCUCCUGGCACCCCCCGGCACCAACCUGGGACCCCCGACCCCUUCCUGAAGCCCCGGUGCCCCUCUUUGGACAACCUCUCGGUGCCGGGGAGCCCCGGCGCCCGUCCUUCCGAAGCUUUGCUCUCUCCCCUUCCUUUUGGGGAGCAGAAGAAGGGCCUGGAGGUGAAGAAAGAGGAAGGGGGGAGCCUGGGGGUCUGCUCGCCCAGCUAUACGCCCACCAUGGGCUACGGGGACUCCCCGGGUGGCCCUCAUCUCUCCGCUGCGGAGCUGAAGGCCGCCGAUGUCUUCAAAGCCCCCAUGACCCCUCGGGUCUCUCAGGUUGAGCCUCAGAGCCCAGGGCUGGGGCACCGGCCCCCCGACCCCCACCCCUUGGCCCCCUCGCCCCCCGGUCACCCCGAUCUCUACCGCCAGUCCCCGUACCCAGACCCCUACGCGCAGCCCCCGCUGACACCCCGGCCGCAGCCCCCUGCUGAUGCCUGCUGCUCCCUGCCGCCCCGCUCGCUGCCCUCGGAGCCCUUUUCCCGUGUCCCCGCCAGCCCCCAGUCCCAGUCCAGCUCCCAGUCCCCGCUCACCCCCCGGCCCCUCUCCAAUGAAGCUUUCUGCCAGUCUCCCGUCACUCCCCGUUUCCAGUCCCCGGAUCCCUAUUCCCAGCCCCCCUCCCGGCCUCAGUCCCGGGAUCCUUUCACCCCUUUGCACAAACCCCCUCGGCCCCAGAUGCCGGAGCCAGGCUUCAAGCCAGGACCGCUGUCCCACAGCCCGGCGGCCACGGGGGGCUUUGGGGGCACCCUGGCAGGUGAGCCCCACGCCAAGGCACCGGGUGGGCAGCAGCCCCCCUUCACCCGCUCCCCCGGUGCCAGCGUCUUCCCAGGCAGCCAACCCCCCAUGCGCUUCACCUUUCCCCCGUCCGUCUCCGAGCCUCUCAAGGGCUCCCCGUCCCACCAACCCCAUGGGAUCAACAGCCAUUUUGUCCCCGGUAAACCCCAGAGCUCAGCCUACACCUCGUCCCCUGCUUUCCACCAAGCCAGCAGCCCGCUGGGCACUGGGGCUUCUGACCCCUCUUACAGCCUCUCACCCCUCCGGCCGCCGUCUGUGCUGCCCCAGCAGCCCCCCGCUGCCCCCCAGCAGCCGGAUGCCAGCAUCUCCUUCCUGCCCCGAGCUGCAGUGGGGGCUGAUAAGAGGGAGGAGGCGGCUGCGGGGCUCUCGGCACCCCCAAACCGUGACCUGGCCGAGCUGCCUGGUGGGCAGGACGGGGCCGUGGGCACCAUGAGUCAGUCGGAGCUGGAGAAGCAGAGGCAGCGCCAGCGCCUUCGCGAGCUGCUCAUCCGUCAGCAGAUCCAGCGCAACAGCCUGCGGCAGGAGAAGGAGAGCGCAGCAGCAGCCGCCACGCCGUCCCCAUCAGGCUGGGCUCCUGAUUCCAGCAGCCAGCCCUACGAGCUGAGCCGCACCAUGACCACCUACCAACCACCGCAGGAUAAGAGUCUCCUGGGGACGUUGGCCACUGCAGCCAGCAGUGGGAAGCUGCCUGGCUCCGUUAUGGUGCAGACAGCCACGUUUGUGCAGGAUGAGAGGCUCUCCCGGCCCCCGCCAGCUGCCACGCCGGCUGCGAUGGACAUCAAUGGGAGGGCGGCAGUUGGGCCCCCGCAGGCCUUCUACCCCCGUGGAGUCUUCCCAGCGCUGUCCCCGCAGCAGCACCUCUGGCAGCAGCAGCAGCAGGCAGCCCUGCGUCUUCCCGUCGCCUCCCGCUUCGCUCCCCCGGCCGCCAGCACCCCCGUGGGCAGCCUGGGCGCCCGCCUACCAGCACCCGCCGAGCCGGUGCCCGCGUCCCCCGGCACCCUGGGUGCUCCCUUCAUCGAGCUGCGACACAACGUGCAGAAGGGACCCGCCGGCAUCGUGGGCUCCCCCUUCACCCCCCAGCCCCCCCGGCCUCGUUUUUUCCUGCCCGGUGAUGAGGGCGCCCCGCAGCCCCUCUGCGCCCCGGUGGUGCCCAUGCAGGCGCUCCCUGCCCCGGCGCUGCAGCCCCAGAAGAUGCCGGUGGUUCCGCUGCCUCCCGCGUCGCCGCAGGGCGCCGAGAUGAGCAACAGCCACCACCAGCUGCACGCCAAAGCGGCGCCCCCCGCCCCGCUGCCCACCCCUGGCCUGGAUCUGCAGCACGUCCCCCCGCGCCCGCUGUCUUCUGGCUCUGCUCUGCGCCCCGAUGGCACCAAGGACGGCGCGGCUCCGGCCCCGGGGAAAAGCCACCUGAACCUGGAGGGCGGGCGGCUGCCCUGCGAGGUGCCGGUGGAGCCCGACUUGGACGACGACUUUGGCUCCCACAAGGACUUGGAAGACGACGACGAUUUGGCAAACCUGAGCCUGGAUCCGGACGUGGCCAAAGGGGACGACGAUUUGGGCAACCUGGACAGCCUGGAGACGGCGGAUCCCCACCUGGACGACCUGCUGAACGGCGACGAGUUCGACCUGCUGGCUUACACCGACCCCGAGCUGGACACCGGCGACAAGAAGGACAUCUUCAACGAGCACCUGCGCCUGGUCGAGUCGGCCAACGAAAAGGCUGAGCGCGAGGCGCAGCUCAAGACGGAGCCGGCGGGACCCAGCUUGAAGCUCCCCGACCCCGGGGAUGGCAAAGAAGCAGCGCCGACGGCGGAGGACUGCGAUGUGCCCAAAGAGGGGCUGGCGCCCGGCGCCGCGCUGCCCCCAGACCCAUCCUUCAAGGCACAAAGUCUGGAGGCGAAGGCGGCCGCGCCGCCCUCCGACGUCAAACCCAAACUGGAGGAUGGGUGUCUGAAGACCUCGCCUUGUCAAUUCACCGCCGGCAGCUCCGAGCGGCUCCCUGUCAAGUCAGAGGCCCUGCAGGGCACGGAUAAGAUCUCUGCGUCGCUGGGGCUGAGCCUCAAACCCAGCCAGGCCCUUCUGAGCCCCGGUGCUGGCCCCGCUCGCCUCGGCUUGACUCACUUCCCAAGCAGCGGCUCCACGCUGGACAAGGACCCGUAUGGCGGCACGGGGCGUGGGCUGGCCCCUGCCCAGCUGGGCAGCCAGAGCAACCCCUUGUUGGAGAAAUUCGAGCUGGACAGCGGGGCUCUGGGGCUGGGCAGCACCCGGCACUCGCCUGCCGACGAGCUGGACAAGAUGGAGAGUUCCCUGGUGGCCAGCGAGCUGCCCCUGCUCAUCGAGGACCUCCUGGAGCACGAGAAGAAGGAGCUGCAGAAGAAGCAGCAGAUGUCUGCCCAGCUGCCGCGCGGCGCCGCGCAGCUCCCCGCCCCGGGGCACCCCAUGCUGCACGCGGCCGCGCAGCCCCUGGAGGCGCAGCCCCCCCGCCUGGGCACCCCGCAGCCCCCCCUGCAGCUGGGGCUGGUGGCCAGACCGCAGCUGAUGCCGCCGCAGCCCCCGCGCCUCGGGAACCCCCAGCAGGGCCCGGCGCUGGGACCCCACAUGGGCAUGGCGUCCGGGCAGCCCCACGUCCUGGCUGCCCCCCACGGCGUGCAGGUGGCCUUGGCACAGCCGCAGCAGAGCCAGCAGCAGGUGCUGGUGCAGAAGCCGAUGGCCGGGGUGCAGCCGCCCGCCCUGGGCCUGAAGCCCCCCCAGCUUGUCAUGCAGCAGCAGCUGGCCAACAGCUUCUUCCCAGACACGGACCUGGACAAGUUUGCUGCCGAGGACAUCAUGGACCCCAUCGCCAAAGCCAAGAUGGUGGCACUGAAGGGCAUCAAGAAGGUGAUGGCGCAGGGCAGCAUUGGGGUGGCCCCGGGGAUGAACAGGCAACAGGUCUCCCUGCUGGCCCAGCGGCUCUCGGGAGGCCCGGCUGCCUCAGAGAUGCAGAACCACAUGCUGGCGGGGAGCGGGCAGGAACGGAGCGGCGCUGACCCGGCCCAGCCUCGCCCCAACCCUCCCACCUUUGCUCAAGGCGUCAUCAACGAGGCCGACCAGCGGCAGUACGAGGAGUGGCUCUUCCACACCCAGCAGCUCCUGCAGAUGCAGCUGAAGGUGCUGGAGGAGCAGAUCGGCGCGCACCGCAAGUCUCGCAAAGCGCUCUGCGCCAAGCAGCGCACGGCCAAGAAGGCCGGCCGGGAGUUCCCCGAGGCCGAUGCGGAGAAACUGAAGCUGGUGACGGAGCAGCAGAGCAAGAUCCAGAAGCAGCUGGACCAGGUGCGGAAGCAGCAGAAGGAGCACACCAACCUGAUGGCCGAGUACCGCAACAAGCAGCAGCAGCACCAGCACCAAGCCUCGGCCGUCAUGGCCCUCAGCCCCUCGCAGAGCCCCCGCCUCGUGUCCAAGCUCCCCGGGCAGCUCCUCUCGGCGCACGGCAUCCAGCAGCCUGCGGGGGCUGUGGUGGGGGCCCAGGGGCUCGGCCAGCAGCAGGGGCAGCCCGGGGGGCUGCGGCUGCCCCAGGGCGGCGUGUCCAUGGCCGUGCAGCAGGGGCUGUCCUUCAUGGGCCAGCAGGCAGUGGGGAACGCUCCGGUGCCCGGCGCCUCCAAUGCUUUCUUCUCUGGGAACCCCGCGCUCCGUGGGCUGACCGCAGACGGCCGUCUGAUGCAGGAGAGGCAGCUGCAGAGGAUGCAGCUGGCCCAGAAGCUGCAGCAGCAGCAGCAGAGCAUGCUGGGGCAGGUGUCGCUGCAGCAGCAGCAGCAAGGCGUCAUGGGGCAGGUGUCGAUGCAGCAAGCGGGGGUGAUGGGCCAGGCUUCAAUGCAGCAGCAGGGCGUCAUGGCACAGGCGUCGAUGCAGCAGCAGGGCAUGAUGGCACAGGCAUCCAUGCAGCAGCAGCAGCAAGGCAUCAUGGCACAGACGAUGCAGCAGCCCGGGGUCAUGGGACAAGCAUCCAUGCAGCAGCAAGGUGUCAUGGGACAAGCAGCAAUGCAGCAGCCCGGCGUUUUGGCACAGAGCUCGAUGCAGCAGCAGGGCGUGAUGGCACAGAGCUCCAUGCAGCAGCCUGGCAUGAUGGCACAGCCGCCGAUGCAGCAGCCUGGUGUUAUGGGACAAGCUUCCAUGCAGCAGCAAGGGCUCCUGGCCCAGACGUCGAUGCAGCAGCCCGGCGUUAUGGCGCAGGCCUCGAUGCAGCAGGCAGGGGUGAUGGGACAAGGCUCCGUGCAGCAGCAGCAGCAGGGUGUCAUGGCGCAGAGCUCAAUGCAGCAGCCGGGCCUCAUGGGACAAGGCUCCAUGCAACCAGCAGCCAUGGUAGGGCAGCCCAGCUUGCUGGGGCAGCAGCAGCAGCCGGCAGCCACCCCGCAACCAGGGGCCGUGGGGCAGCCCAUGGUGCCCAAGCAGCCGGGGCUGAUGGGCAGCCAGCAGGGCCUGUUGGUGCAGCAGCUUUCCCCGCAGCAGCAGCAGCAGCAGCAGCCAGGCUUGCUGGGCCAUGGGCCAGGGCUGCAGCACCAGGCGGUGCUGGGUCACCCCGCACCCCAGCGGCAGGUCCUGCUGGCCCCCCACCAGCAGCGGGUGCUGGGCUCGCCGCAGACUCCGGGGAUGCUGGGCCACCGGCUGGUGCUGUCCCAGCAGCUGGGGCAGGCGCGGGCGCUGCUGGCCCCACAGCAGCAGAACUCGGGGGCAGCAGCCCAGCAGGGCCUCCUGGGGCUGGGCCAGGGGCAGCCCCCGAUCCAGCACUUUCCGCAGCACGGGGCGAUGGGCCAGGCCCCCUCUGUGCUGCACCUGAGUCAGGGAAUGCAGUCGGCCCCGGCGGUCCUGGCUGCCAAGGAGCAGCCCGGAGGAGGGGAGGGCGGCACUCUGCCCGCCGAGGGCAGCGAGAGCGGGGGGCAGCUGCACGGAGGGGAGCAGCAGGGCCCCCCCAGCGCCGCAGGGCUGGGCGAGCCCCAAGCUCCCAAACACCAGGCCGAGCUGGGGCAAGGGCAGCAGCUCCUCCUGGGCUCCCCUCAGCCGGGGGUCCUGGGCUCCGUGCCCACCCAGCCGGGGUUGCGGGCAGCUGCCGCCCCCGGUGCCCUGCUCGUCCCCCCGCAGAGCCCAGGGGCCCCUCGUCCUGAGGCACACGGGGACCCGGCGGGGGCUGCAGAGCCGGGUAAGGGGGGGGUGGGCACCCAGCAGGGCCAACCACAGCCCCCGCGGCUCCAGAGCCCCAAAGCGGGGCCGGUAGCGCAGCCGAGCGGAGCCACCGCGCUGCCCCCAGGUCUGUUGGGUCAGGUCCCGGGGCCGCUGAUGGGGCAGAUCCGGGCGCAGCUCCAGGGGGUCCUGGCCAAGAACCCCCAGCUGCGGCACCUGACGCCGCAACAGCAGCAGCAGCUCCAGGCUCUCUUGGUGCAGCGGCACCAGCAGAGCCUCCUGCAGCAGAGCCAGGCGCUCCGUCAGCCCGGCCCCUUUGCUGGGCAGCCCCCAGAGCACGGCUCCCAGGCGCGUCAGCCCCCCCGCCCGCUGGGACCCCUCUUCCAGGCCCGGGCGGGGGUCCCGGCGGAGGAGCAGGGGGCACGAGGGCAGCCCCCCGCACCGCAGCAGCCCCUGGCUGAGCUGGUGCAAGCAGCCCUGGCUGCCCGUGGUCCCCAGCCCGGCCUCGUCCAGCUCCCCACGCCCCCGGCGCCCUCAUCCCUGGCUGUGGGCUGCGCCCCCCUGCAGCUGGCCAGCCCCGAGCAGAGUCCCCAAGAGCCAAAGAAGAUGUCACCGGGGGUCCCGGCCUCAGCCCCCAGCCCCGCAGAGCAGGGGCUGGCACCCGAUGCGACACGCUGGGACCCCGAGGUGCCCGCUGCAGACCCAGCCGACCCCGGUGAGACCCGCGUCAAUGGGGCCGAGCCCCCCCGGGUGCUGGUGAAGCAGGAGCCGAAGGAGGAGGCGGCAGCGGUGGUGCAAUGCGAGACGGAUGGGGAUGAAGCGGCCAAACCGGAGGCCAACGGGGAGCCUGGGGCUGCCCAAGGCAGCGGCCCGCUGGUGCCGGGUGGCCGCUCCGAGGCCGGGCACCUCCUGCUGCAGAAGCUGCUGCGGGCCAAGAACGUGCAGCUGUCAGCGCAGUGCCCAGGAGAGCUGAACGGGCAUGCAGAGAACCGGGGUGCUGGGAUGGAGCCGCGGCCACAACCGGCGCCGCUGGGCCGGGAGGACCCUUCCAUCGCCCGCAAGCCGGUGGCCGCCAAACCCAAGCGGGUGCAGAAGGGCAACGAGAGAGUGCCGGCCUCCCGCAAGAAGCUGCGCAAGGACGAGGGGCUGCGCCCCGGGGAGGCGCUCAUGAAGCUGAAGCAGGAGCUCUCUCUGCUGCCUCUGACUGAGCCGACCAUCACGGCCAACUUCAGCCUCUUCGCGCCCUUCGGCAGCAGCCCCAUCAACGGCAAGAGCCAGCUGCGUGGCGCCUUCGGCAGCGCCGUGCUGGACAGUGUGCCCGACUACUACUCCCAGCUGCUCACCAAGAACAACCUCAGCAACCCGCCCACGCCGCCCUCCUCGCUGCCCCCCACGCCGCCCCCCUCCGUGCAGCAGAAGAUGGUGAACGGUGUCACGGCUGCCGAGGAGAUGGGUGAGCAGCCCAAGGACGCCGACUCGGCCCGUGAGCCCCAGAAAGACACGCCGGCUGUGGAAGUGAAGAGCGUGGACCUGCUGGCAGCUCUGCCCACCCCUCCGCACAACCAGACUGAGGACGUCAGGAUGGAGAGCGACGAUGACAGCGAUUCCCCCGACAGCAUCGUCCCUGCCUCGUCCCCUGAGAGCGUGCUGGGCGAGGAGCUGCUGCGCUUCCCCCUGCUCAGUGAGGCCAAACCGGAGCUGGAGGAGCGCGUGCUGUCCCCCAUCAUCCCCAUCAUCCCCCGCGCCAGCAUCCCAGUGUUCCCCGACACGAAGCCCUUUGAAGCCGCGGAGCCCUUUGGGGCAGCACCCCCAGGGAAGGUGGGGAUGGCCGGCCAGGGAGCCCCGUGGGAGAAGGGCAAGAGCAGCGAGGUGUCCGUUAUGCUGACGGUGUCUGCAGCAGCUGCCAAGAACCUCAACGGGGUGAUGGUGGCCAUGGCUGAGCUGCUGAGCGUGAAGAUCCCCAGCUCCUACGAGGUGCUGUUCCCUGACGGCCCCAUGCGAGCGGCGGUGGUCGAGGCUAAGAAGGUGGAGACGGACAUGGCUGGGAUGCUGGGUGGCAAGGAGAAGGUGGUGCUGGCCGGGAAGGUGCCGGAGAGCAGCUCUGAGUGGCUGAAGCAGUUCGAUGCAGUGCUGCCAGGGUACAGCCUGAAGGGCGAGCUGGACCUCCUGACGCUGCUCCGACAGGAGAGCCCCGUGCCCGAGAAGACGCUGCACCACGGCUACGUCAACAACGUCUCCAACCUGGACGUGCGGCAGCUCUCCGUGAUGCCCCAGGAGCCCUCGCCCCCCCUGUCCCCUUCCGUCCCCUCCCCAUCCAGCCCCACUGAGGCCGCCAGGGUCCCCGACCCCGAGGCCGCCCACGAAGCCCCCCCCGCCCCCCCCUCGCCGCUGCCCCCCGCCCCUUCUCCGGCUCCCAGGGAAGAGGGCCCUGCAGCCCCCCACUCCCCGCCCCGCUUCAAGCCCCGCUCGCGGCCGCCGGAGGACGGAGACGAAGCGCGGCCGCGGCUCAAGAAGUGGAAGGGGGUGAGGUGGAAACGGCUGCGGUUCCUGGUGACCAUCCAGAAGGGGGGGGCCAAGCGGGACGGCGACAAAGAGAUCGCCGAGUUCAUCGACAAGCUGGGCACCACGCUGCGCCCCGAGAAGGUGCCGCGCGACCUGCGCCGCUGCUGCUUCUGCCACGAGGAGGGCGACGGGGCGACGGACGGCCCGGCCCGCCUGCUCAACCUCGACCUGGACCUCUGGGUCCACCUGAACUGCGCCCUGUGGUCCACCGAGGUGUACGAGACGCAGGGAGGGGCGCUGAUCAACGUGGAGGUGGCCCUGCACCGCGGCCUGCUCACCAAGUGCUCCCUGUGCCAGAAAACCGGCGCCACCAACAGCUGCAACCGCAUCCGCUGCCCCAGCGUCUACCACUUCGCCUGCGCCAUCCGCGCCAAGUGCAUGUUCUUCAAGGACAAGACCAUGCUGUGCCCGCUGCACAAGCUGAAGGGGCCCUGCGAGCAGGAGCUGAGCUCCUUCACCGUCUUCCGGCGCGUCUACAUCGAGCGGGACGAGGUGAAGCAGAUCGCCAGCAUCAUCCAGCGCGGCGAGCGGCUGCACAUGUUCCGAGUGGGCGGCCUGGUCUUCCACGCCAUCGGGCAGCUGCUGCCCCAUCAGAUGGCCGACUUUCACAGCGUCACCGCUCUGUACCCCGUGGGCUACGAGGCCACGCGCAUCUACUGGAGCCUGCGCACCAACAACCGCCGCUGCUGCUACCGCUGCACCAUCUGCGAGAACAACGGGCGGCCCGAGUUCGUGGUGCAGGUCAUCGAGCAGGGCCUGGAGGAUUUGGUCUUCUCCGACUCCUCGCCGCAGGCUGUCUGGAACCGGAUCAUCGAGCCGGUGGCGAUGAUGAGGAAGGAGGCCGACAUGCUGCGGCUCUUCCCCGAGUAUCUGAAGGGCGAGGAGCUCUUCGGCCUCACGGUGCACGCGGUGCUGCGCAUCGCCGAGUCGCUGCCCGGCGUGGAGAGCUGCCAGAAUUACCUGUUCCGUUACGGCCGCCAUCCGCUCAUGGAGCUGCCGCUGAUGAUCAACCCCACCGGCUGCGCCCGCGCCGAGCCCAAAAUCCUCACCCACUACAAACGGCCGCACACCCUGAACAGCACAAGCAUGUCCAAGGCUUACCAGAGCACCUUCACGGGCGAAACCAACACGCCGUACAGCAAGCAGUUUGUGCACUCCAAGUCCUCCCAGUACCGCCGCCUGAAGACGGAAUGGAAGAACAACGUGUACCUGGCGCGGUCCCGCAUCCAAGGCCUGGGGCUCUACGCCGCCAAGGACAUCGAGAAGCACACCAUGGUCAUCGAGUACAUCGGCACCAUCAUCCGCAACGAGGUGGCCAACCGGCGGGAGAAGAUCUACGAGGAGCAGAACCGUGGCAUCUACAUGUUCCGUAUCAACAACGAACACGUCAUUGACGCCACGCUGACGGGGGGCCCGGCCAGGUACAUCAACCACUCAUGUGCCCCAAAUUGCGUGGCCGAAGUCGUGACCUUCGACAAGGAGGACAAAAUCAUCAUCAUCUCCAGCCGGCGCAUCCCCAAAGGGGAGGAGCUCACCUACGACUACCAGUUCGACUUUGAGGACGAUCAGCACAAGAUCCCCUGCCACUGCGGAGCGUGGAACUGCAGGAAGUGGAUGAAUUAAACGGGGAGGAGGAGGAAACAGAAAGAAACGAAACAAAACCACGUCGUCCGUGGCGCCAACACGGAGCUGGGGGCCUCGGGGCUCUGCCUGCAUCGGGGCUGCGGAGAUGCCAGGAAGGCUGGGAGCACGGAGGGCCGAGCGGGACGGACGGACGGACGGACAACUCAGGGUUUUCUUUGCUUCGUCCUGCAAGGAACACGAAGGGGG